AUGGCAUUACUGCCAUUUCCAGGACAAUCGGAUAGAACAGGCUUAAUACUGGCAGCACAAGCUGAUAAACCCUUGAUACAUGUUUAUUCAUGGCAAAAAGAACAAAUUUAUCAAAAAUUGGUGUGUCCCGAUAAACUUGUUUCACUUGUUAUCUCCAAUAAAGGGUCAUAUUGUGCAGGAGGCACUGAAAAAGGAAAAAUUUACGUGUGGGAGCUAUCAACAGGAAAAUUAUGCAAAGUCUUUGAUGCACAUUAUAGAAAAAUUAAUGUGCUGAGAUUUACUUUCGAUGAUGUGGCUUUAAUAUCCGGAAGCGAUGAUGCUGUCGUGAAUGUUUGGUUGUUGAGCAGUAUUCUUGACGAAUCAACCGAAGAAUCAAUAAUAUCUCCAUAUUAUUCGUGGUCAUCGCAUUCAUUACCAAUUACCGAUAUAGUAUGUGGCAUUGGUAAUUUUCAUACGUCAAGAGUGUUAACCUCAUCAUUGGAUAAUACGUGCAAGUUAUGGGACUUGUUAACAGGCUCUCUAUUGACAACUUUCAUAUUUCCUACAAAUAUCACAUGUCUUGCUUUUGAUCCCGCAGAAAGAAUGUUCUUUGCUGCUGGUGGUAGUGUUAAUGGAGGUGAUAAUAACCUAAUAUACCAGGUGAAUUUGUUUCGCGAACGAGAGACAAGAGGAUAUCAACCGGACAAUCCAAACGCUGCCAUUUCUACUAGAAUCAAUAAUAGGGAGAUUGAGUCUGUUGGUGGUGGUGGAGCUGUUGAAGGUGUUGCUAUUGAAGACAGCAAUACUAAAGGAGGAUUGGGAUUAGUUGCUGGAAUUACCGCGAUUAGAUUAUCAUAUGAUUUUACUAUUCUUUUAUCAGCAUCCGAAGAUGGAAAUGUAUUGGUUUGGGAUAUUGCCAGUCGACAACUGUUAAAAACGUUUACAUAUCACAAAGGACCAGUAACGAAUCUUGCAAUUUUUCAUAAGCCACCCGAUCUUUCUACGAUAGGUUCCUCUAAAAAAAUUUCAAUACCUCACAUAUCACCGUUCAAAAAAGUUCAACAACAGUCAUCUUUUCCGGAUCAACUUUUAGAGAAUUCAGAUGAGGUGGUUACCGUUUCACUUAAUUCUUCGAAUGAGAAUGUAGAUUCGUUUAUUGGUCCUGAUAUUAGUAAUCAAGCGGGUAUUCUCUCUACCGAAUACCAUGAUAUCGAGAAAGCUAAACUCUCAUUAAAGGAUUUACAGUCUCGCGACACAGUAGCCGCACUUAACUCACGAAUUUCCGAAUUACAGUUCGAGUUAUUACGAAUCCAAGAUCAUUAUCAACAAGUCAAAGGAUUACAUGAUGAAAUGUAUCAAGGCUUGGUAGAGGAAUUUAUGCGACAGAGAAAACGGCAAUAG